UUUUAGCAGAAAAAUAUAAAUUUUUAUUAAGAUUAUUGUUUCUACUAUUUAUUCGUCGAAGUAAUUACCAUCACACUCAACGACCUUUUGUCAACGUGGAAAUUUUGUCUCGGGUCACUUUUGCUGUAUGAGGCAUGGCGUUAUCCUGCAAGAAUAUCCUUCCUUUCAUCAACAAUUUUUCAUCGCAGGUUAAUAACCGAGUAAGCAAUGGGUCAUUAGCGUUGCGUGAAAUGUUUGCUGAACAAAUGGUAAGACGGCUUAAUUUGUUAUCAUUUGUGCAAACGAAUAGAUUCAGGACUCAUUCUGAACAUUUCUGCAAGUUCUUGGCACGUUGACCUAGAAUUUGCAUCCACAACCUGUCGAAGAUCCUCAUUCUAUUUUAGUGAUUUCGCGAGUACUUUCUGGAUUUUGUUUUAUCUCAAUAGUAGUAUAAUGAGGAGUCCUUCUUUUAUCAUUGAAAAACGGAUAGACAUCGUUUUUUAG